ACGAAUGACGGCACUGUAGUGCGGUGCAGGUUGCAACACACCCGCUGCUCAGGUAAUUUCUCCGCUGCAGCAAGGCCCAAGUGGCUUGCACGAACAAACAGGAAGCGAAAGUCGAGCAAGAAACGUGAGGCAAUUUCCAGCUCCAGUUUAUCAUGCCCAAACGAUCCACAUGCAAAGACAGGCAUGCCAAUCCAAACCAAAGUACUGUACUUUAAUCCGGAGUAUUUAGUUAUUUGAAAUGACAGGCAUAACUAUCAUGGCAUUUUAGAAUAAAUAAACAACACUUCCAAAGAAUCCAAAACAAACUUUUCAGGUCAUGUUGUCCAAGGAGAAAAUUUGGCGCCCUGUUUUCACGUCACACGACAAGCACCGACGUGUUUUUAAGGCUUGAUUUCUUCCCGGAGCUGCAUUCCGCCCCACCCCUUGCAAGCACUACCACCACUACCAUCAUCAUCAUCACUGCGAGACUGCCCAAAUCAGGAAGCGCCGACACGCGCCGCUGUCUUAUUUUCCACCUCUUAUACGCUUGCACGUUUUGCGUCGAGGAAAAACCAAGUGAAGGUUUUGCCGUUUUCCGCGUUGACGUCCACCGGCUGACGACCGCGAGGCUCAGCUGUGGAUGCCGUUGACGGGCUAACCGGAGAGGGAGGAGGGCGAUGUGCUCCACUGCCCUGCUGCUCUGAGCCACGAUAACAACAACUCCUCUAUCAGCAGCAUGGGGCAGCGUCUAGGAAAAAGAGAGUCGCCAACAGAUAAGGGCUUAUCACCUGUAUCCAAAGAUGAGAGAGGACAACCAGCAGUAACCCCAACGGCAGAAGAGCCUGAAACACACGAUGAAGUCUUUGGAAUGGGUGAGACAGAUGCAAACCAGAACAAUGGCCUCAUCUCGGAGAACCCGGCGGUGACUGACUCCACAGGCGCUGAGGGCCCCCACUCAGCUUGGACCUCCGCCAGCACAGCUGACCCUGACGCUGCCACGCCGCGCCCCCAUCUGGCCCGCCUCUUCUCCCGAGAUGCCCCGGGCCGAGAGGACAACACCUUCAAAGAGCGGCCCUCUGAAUCGGACGAGUUGCAGACUAUCCAGGAGCACAGCGGGGCGGCUUCAGAGUGUGGGUCGGAGAGCCCUGAACAGGACCUAGACUAGGCUAGCCUUUCCUCCCUCCAGCUCCCCUCUCAACUCACAUCCAUCCUCUGCUGUUCCAAAGAGAGACGUGAACCCACACUUUCGACAACUACACCAAAAAUUACGACUCUCACAAGCAUGGCAUCGGCAAGCAGCUCCGC